UGAGAUAUCCGUACCUAUGUUAACGAGACUGAGAGACUGGCGCGGCUCACCUAACUGGAAGUUGAUGACUCUGGGAAUUCUGGCCAAGCACCAACUUGGGCCGUACCUGCCAGCUGAUAGCAGACCCACCAGUCACUCGAUGGGGAGCGACGGCGGACCGCCUGUGUGUGUCACCUUCCCACCCCUCUGUAGCAAGGAAAGGAGCGUCAGCACCUCUUCAGUAAUGAUGAUGAAACUGGUAUUAACUGAAUGGCAAUUAUGGAUUUUUAACUCUAACUCACAGUAAACCAGCAAGCCAUAUGUGCCGUCAACCAAAAGUCAUCUCUUCGCUGCGUGUCUCAUCUGAUUGUGAGAGGUUUCAAGACACCUGUUUGUGCAAGGAGGAAUAUAAGUGUUACUUGCCAGAGGAGCACAGCUGAAGCAGAAAGAGAAGGCAUCUUAAUUUAUCCUUAAAGAUAUAUGAUAGUAUUAUUUAUAUAGCUAGAGUAAAUAUAUAUAUAUUUUUUCGGUGGUGAUGAAAAUGGCCCCACAGAAUGCCGACUCAGAGUCUAUGCAAGUUCAGGAGUUACCGGUGCCCCUGCCAGACCAGCAGAAACCCAGAGGCACGGAGGCCGAGACGCGGGAUGAGACCGUCAGCGAAGGGUCCAUAGACCGCAUCCCCGUGCGCCUGUGGGUGAUGCACGGGGCGGUGAUGUUCGGCCGGGAGUUCUGCUAUGCCAUGGAGACGGCGCUGGUCACGCCCAUCCUGCUGCAGAUCGGCCUUCCGGAGCAGUACUACAGCCUCACCUGGUUCCUGAGCCCCAUCCUGGGCCUCAUCUUCACCCCCCUCAUCGGCUCCGCGAGUGACCGGUGCACCCUGAGCUGGGGCCGCCGGCGGCCCUUCAUCCUCGCGCUCUGCGUGGGCGUGCUCUUCGGAGUGGCCCUUUUCCUUAACGGCUCGGCCAUAGGUCUGUCCCUCGGCGAUGUCCCCAACCGGCAGCCCAUUGGCAUCAUCCUCACGGUGCUGGGGGUGGUGGUCCUGGAUUUCAGCGCCGACGCCACCGAGGGGCCCAUCCGGGCCUACCUGCUGGACGUGGUGGACAGCGAGGAACAGGACAUGGCCCUUAACAUCCACGCCUUCUCUGCCGGCCUCGGCGGGGCCAUCGGCUACGUGCUGGGGGGGCUGGACUGGACCCAGACCUUCCUGGGCACCUGGUUCCAGACACAGAACCAGGUGCUCUUCUUCUUCGCGGCCGUCAUCUUCACGGUAUCGGUGGCCCUGCACCUGUUCAGCAUUGAGGAGGAGCAGCACAGCCCCCAGCAGGAGCGUGGCGUGGAGGUGGCCGACGCCACGGCCCCUGGCCCCCAUGCCAGCAUCCUGGACGGCGGCGCCCUAUUCCCGGACGAGGUGCAGUCGGAGCACGAGCUGGCCCUGGACUACCUGGACGUGGGCAUGGCGCGCAGCAAGAGCGACUCGGUGCUGCACGUGCCCGACGCCGCCCUGGACCUGGAGCCCGGGCUGCUCUUCCUGCAGGACAUCGAGCCCUCCAUCUUCCACGAUGCCUCCUACCCCAGCACCCCCCGCAGCACCAGCCAGGAGCUCGCCAGGCCCAGGCCGGCCGGCCUGCCGCCACUGCUCAGGGAGCCCGCCAGGGAGGAUGAGACCCUGCUCGAGAACCACCUCAGCGCAAGCGGUCUCCCCAACGGGGGCCUCUCCCCCGCAUGCGACGGCCUCGGCAGCUAUGGCAGGGUGGGCAUGAAGCCCUCGGCCACGUCCGGCUGCGCCAGGCGGCGAAGACACAUGUUCCGCCGGCAGGCCUCCUGUACCUUCUCCUACUACGGCAAGAUCGGGUCCCACCGCUACCGCUACCGGCGGGCCAACGCAGUGGUCCUGAUCAAGCCCUCCCGCAGCAUGAGCGACCUCUACGACCUGCAGAAGCGGCAGCGGCAGCGCUGCCGGCGCCGCAACCAGAGCGGGGCCACCACGUCCAGCGGGGACACGGAGAGCGAGGAGGGCGAGGGCGAGACCACCGUGCGGCUGCUCUGGUUGUCCAUGCUGAAGAUGCCCAAGGAGCUGGUGCGGCUCUGCCUCUGCCACCUGCUCACCUGGUUCUCCGUCAUCGCGGAGGCCGUGUUCUACACCGACUUCAUGGGCCAGGUCAUCUUCGAGGGGGACCCCAAGGCCCCAUCCAACUCGACGGCUUGGCAGGCCUACAACGCAGGCGUGAAGAUGGGCUGCUGGGGCCUGGUCAUCUAUGCGGCCACCGGUGCAAUUUGCUCAGCCCUGCUCCAGAAGUACCUGGACAACUACGACCUGAGCAUCAGGGUCAUCUACGUGCUGGGGACACUGGGCUUCUCCGUGGGCACGGCCGUGAUGGCCAUGUUUGCCAACGUCUACGUGGCCAUGAUCAUGAUCAGCACCAUGGGCAUUGUCUCCAUGAGCAUCUCCUACUGCCCCUACGCCCUGCUCGGGCAGUACCAUGACAUCAAGGAGUACGUCCACCACAGCCCCGGGAACUCCAGGCGCGGCUUCGGCAUCGACUGCGCUAUCCUUUCCUGCCAGGUCUACAUCUCCCAGAUCCUGGUGGCCUCCGCCCUCGGUGGCGUGGUCGACGCUGUUGGGACCGUGCGUGUCAUCCCCAUGGUGGCCUCCGUGGGCUCUUUCCUGGGCUUCCUGACGGCCACCUUCCUGGUCAUCUACCCAGAGGUGUCUGAAGAGGCCAAGGAAGAGCAGAAGGGCCUGUCUUCCCAGGCUCUGGGCGAAGGCGGGAGCAGCAGCGAGAAGCCCACCGUCCUCCGGCUAUCCCGGAAGGAGGGCCCGCAGGGGCCCAUGGAGACCGAGUCCAUGGUCUGAGCCUCCUGCACACACGUUCCAGGGCGGCGGGAGGCAGGGAGGGCGGCCCUCCGGGCGGGCUGGCUGCCGUGGCCUCGUGGCAGCGCGGACCAGAGCCCCUUCACAAAGCGGAGUGGAGACUCAGUAGUUGUAGGGUAGGUUUGAGCCACUAGGCAAAAAUACCACGUUAAUUAUUUUUCCACAAUUAAAAAAAUCAUUUAAAAUCUUUUUUUUAAUCGAAAAAAUCUUUUAAUUUCAACUCUAUCUUUUAUUCUGCAUGUUUUAAAAUUGUAAACCAGAUUUACAAUAUAGACUGUAAGUGAUUUAGAAACAAAAGAUAAGAUUUUUGCAUUUCUAAAGUCAUAACUGAAAACAAAAAAGAUCUGAUGCCCUGUGCUAUAUCCUGUCUGAAUACUUCAGAUAGCAGCGCGGCAGUCAGUGGCUAAAACAUUUCUAUCAAAGUCUUUCCCUGUGGACGCCUGCAGGUAU